CCAACACUCCCAUUGGAUCACUAUCAUCUCCAUGUAAGUUGCUCUUCCAGGUCGCCUCAUGAUUGCUGACAAGAAGAUGCUCUUGAGAGGCUCCUCCGAUGAAUGGCGUCCGGUGUACCGCGAUACCACAUACGAACAGGUUCUCCAGAACCCUGCGCCACAUUCAUUUGUCGCACCACUUCUCAGCCCUUCGUGGUCAUAGUAGGCUUCGCCCAAGCUUCGUGAACCCUUGUCCAGGAACGCACGUUCUACCAGCGAGUUUGAGUUUGGGUGUCUAUGCGUUCCCGGCGUAGGAAGUGUCAGAGUGACAUGAGGGGCAGAUCGAAGAAGCAGAA